UUCUAAGCUCUACCUCCCACAUUGUAGCCUGCAAGUCCCAUCAAGGAGCCAAUUGGGCCGACUGAGUGCUGUGCAUCCUGGGAGUUGUAGUUUGCAGCGCCCCACUGCUGACUACAUGCUCUACAGAACGGCAGAAGACGGUUGCCUGGUGUCAUUAACAAGCGGCAAGUAUGGCGGUGGCGCAAGUCGACGGGGCUCUGGCUCAGGGAGAAGGAUCAGUGGUGAACUGGUCAGGCCAAGGGCUGCAGAAAUUAGGUGCCAACUUACCCUGUGAAGCUGAUGUCCACACCUUGAUUCUGGAUAAAAAUCAGAUUAUUAAACUGGAGAAUCUAGAGAAAUGCAAACAGUUAAUCCAGUUGUCAGUGGCUAACAAUCGCUUGGUACGGAUGAUGGGUGUGGCCAAACUGACUCAACUCCGAGUGUUAAAUUUACCUCAUAAUAGUAUUGGCUGCGUGGAAGGCCUGAAGGACCUAGUCCAUUUGGAGUGGCUGAAUUUAGCGGGCAAUAAUCUGAAGACUAUGGAGCAAGUCAAUAGCUGUACGGCUCUUCAGCACCUUGACUUAUCAGACAAUAACAUACCCCAGAUAGGUGAUGUGUCGAAACUGGUAUCUCUGAAGACCUUGCUUUUACAUGGAAACAUCAUCACUUCUCUUAGAAUGGCACCUGCUUAUCUACCCAGAAAUCUUUCUAUAUUGUCUUUGGCAGAAAAUGAAAUCCGAGACUUAAAUGAGAUCUCGUUUUUGGCCUCUUUAAGUGAACUGGAGCAGUUGUCAAUCAUGAACAACCCUUGUGUGAUGGCAACCCCGUCCAUUCCAGGGUUUGACUAUCGGCCGUUCAUCGUCAGCUGGUGUCUAAACCUCAGAGUACUUGAUGGAUACGUGAUUUCUCAGAAGGAAAGUCUGAAGGCUGAAUGGCUCUAUAGUCAAGGCAAGGGGAGAUCGUAUCGGCCUGGUCAGCACAUCCAGCUUGUCCAGUACCUGGCUACAGUCUGUCCUCUUAUUUCUGCACUGGGUCUUCAAACUGCAGAGGAUGCCAAACUCGAGAAGAUUCUGAGCAAACAGAGGUUUCACCAGAGGCAGCUGAUGAGCCAGAGCCAAGAUGAAGAGUUGUCUCCUCUUGCUGCUGUGGAGACAAGGGUGCACCGUGCGCCUGAGUGCUCAAGCCCCGGGCAAGACUUCCAGGAAAGUGAACCUGUCCUGCAAAUCAACUCUUGGGUUGGUAUCAGCAGUAAUGAUGGUCAGUUAUACGCUGUUAAGAAUAACUUCCCAGCUGCUGCACACGCUGCAAGAUAUUCUCGGAAUGACCUUCACCUGGAAGACAUACAGACAGAUGAGGACAAACUAAACUGUAGUCUGCUCUCUUCGGAGUCCACUUUUAUGCCAGUUGCUUCGGGACUGUCUCCAGUAUCUCCCACUGUUGAGCUGAGGCUACAGGGCAUUAACUUGGGCCUAGAGGAUGACGAUGGUGCAGAUGAGUUCACAAAAGGGCUGGAAAACCAGGACUUGGAUAAGGACAAGGAAAAGUCUUUAUGGGAUAUGAGUGAGAGUUGUGUUGAAAUGCUGAAACGUAAGAUCAGUACAGAAGUAAAUGAGGAAACUGGGCUGCUGCCUUGUCCCAAGUCAGUGAUCAUCAGUGCUAUCUUGAAGGAGGAUGCCCACAGUCUUACAUCUCUCCCUGAGUCAGCUGGACACAGUGCGUCUCACUCGGAACCAAACAGUGAAGAAGCCAUGUCUCCUGCCACUUCAGAGAAAUUUCCCUGUAGAAUUUUGACCCAGAGGCCUGUUGCUUUGGGACAAGAUAAAGUCACUCUUCAGAAACUGAAUGCAGCUGCCACUAAGCUUCAGGCCUGUUGGAGAGGCUUUUACACCAGGAACUACAAUCAGCAAGCCAAAGGGGUGCGCUAUGAAAUCCGGCUACGCAGAAUGCAGGAGCACAUUGUCUGCCUAACAGAUGAAGUGCGGAGGUUGAGAAAAGAAAGAGAUGAAGAACGUGUGAAGACUUUUGUGCAAGAAGAGGCUGUCAGGUUCCUUUGGAACGAGGUAAGAUCUCUACAAGCUUGGCAGCAGACAGUGGAACAGCGUCUGGCUUCCUGGCAGACUGAUGGGCCUCCUAUAUCAAGCACUCUGGUGUCACCCAAGCCCCCGUUAUUUCCACAACAUCAGGACCCCUCUUCGGAUCAGAGUUCGGAUUGGCUCGUUGCUGAGGACGAAGCUGCGCAAGGGAGAUCAGCGCCAGACUUUCCCGACUCUGGGUUUCACUCCUCCCUGACAGAGCAAGUUCCCUGUCUGCAGGAUUCUUUGGAUUUUGAAAAGAGUUCGGUAGAAAGCAGCGAAAACUCCGUGUUGGGGAAUUCCGCUGACACGGUGAAAUGCAUCAAAGACCGGGACUCAGAGGCCACAGCCGAGGAGCACAGUGACUGCAGUAGGGAGAGCUCAGCCAGCGAGCAGGACAACACAUUGCUCCAACAGUAUUUAACCUCGGUCCAGCAGCUGGACGAUGC